CUGACCAACCAUUAGCUUUGGUUACCAAGCAACGUGACGUGUAAAUAUUGAUAGAAAGUGUAACACUGAUUUGUGUUGCAUUCACUUCAGGGCUUUAAAUCAUUAAACCAUCACUGCACUUCUAAACCUCUUUACGAUGACUUCUUUACAAGAUGCAGAUUCAACAUUAAGAGCCUACUUUAUUAAGCAUUCACUUCCUCAGAUUUACAAGGCAUUACUAGCUGGUUUAUGUGUUUCAUGCCCUGAAGAUCCUUUGCACUUCAUAGAGGAAAAGAUUUUAGAAAUUCUGGAAAAUCGUGAUCUUGAGAUUUACUGGGCUUGGAAGAGGUAUAUUUUAAAGAGAAAGACAGAGGCCGCCAGGCUCCUGGAGAGGAUGGAGGAAGCUGAGCGAUAUCACACACGGAGAAAAAUGAGAUUGUCUCUCUUAAAGUGGACGGCAUGGGUUCGGUAUCACAAACAGAAUCAGAAUGAUGCGGUAGAGAAACUACAAAAAGUACAAAAGUCUGUUUACUGCAGAAACACCAUCACAGCUUGGCGUCUCACCAUGCAAGAUGCUAAAAGAUUAAAGGAGUAUUUUAAGAAGCUAGAGAGAGAUAUUCAAAAAAGUCUGAGCUCAGAGAUACAGGGUGAUGGACAGGACAGACUAUCACUGUUGCCAAACAAGCUCUCACUUAAGAUCUUUCAAAAUCUGGGUGUGGGUGACCUCCUGAGAUGUGCUCAGGUGUGUCGUUCCUGGAAAGCGAUCACUCAGGUCAGCUCACUGUGGACUGAGAUGAACUUCUCCUCUGAGAGUUGCUGGAUCACAGAUGAGACUGUGGGGAGAUUACUGCGCGCACAUCGUGUCUAUGUGACCUCUGUAAACUUGUGUGGUUGCGCUGUGUUGCAGUGGUCGAGUUUAAGAUGCAUCAGUCAAUGCAAAAAUCUACAGGAGCUCAAUCUCAGUGAAUGUCCGAAUGUUAAUGAUGAAAUUAUAAAGAUGAUUUUGGAGGGAUGUCACUCUCUUCUCCAUAUUAAUUUGGCCUUCACCGAUAUUACCAAUACCACUAUACAAGCCCUUUCAAGGUGCUGUCUGACACUGCGAUCUCUGAAUCUUGCAUACUGCACAAACAUCUCUGAUGAAGGUCUGCAGAAUCUCACCACAGGCAAAGGCUGCCAUAGACUUAUUCAACUAGAUCUGUCUGGCUGUUCUCAGAUAACUGCAGAUGGAUUUUCACAUGUUGCUGACGCUUGCGGCUCACUUCAGGAGAUUGUGUUAGAUGACCUGCCCACCCUGACUGAUGCCUGUGUGCAGGCAUUAGUGUCUAAAUGUCGUACGCUGACAGUGAUUUCCGUAUUGGACUCGCCGUAUCUCUCUGAUGUGGCAUUCAAAGCUAUUGCAGAGGUGACCAGUCUCACCAAGUUCCAAAUAGAAGGUAAUAACCGAAUAGCAGACAGCAGCUGGAAGGCACUGUGUAGGAGUUCUCCAAAACUCAGCGAGGUUCACGCGUGCGACUGUCCCCGCGUGACUGAUAACAGCCUGAAGUUUUUAGGAAGUCUGACAAAACUACACAACCUAAACAUCUCAGGCUGUAUCAAGGUGACGGAUACAGGAAUCCGAUACAUUACUGAUGGACCAUGUGCGGUUAAAAUGCGAGAGCUUGACCUUUCCAACUGCUCAAGAGUAACUGACCUGUCCCUCAAGAAAAUAUCUCAGAGAUGUGACAGUCUGAUUCACCUCAGUGUGUGUUUUUGCGAUAACUUGUCUGAUAAUGGGUUUGAGUUUUUGGACAAAUGUGCUUCCCUUAUUGCUCUGGACAUCACAGGCUGUAAAAUCCAUGACCAGGGACUGGCAGCCCUGGGAUCCAUCCACAGUCUGAGAAAACUAACAGCAAUUGAGUGUGCUUUCAUCACAGAUAAUGGAAUAAAGGUGUUUUGCAGACAGUGUCGUCAUCUGGAGCUGUUGGAUGUGAGCCACUGUGUGUCUCUGUCUGAUCGGGCAAUGAAAGCUCUUUCCUUCUUCUGCAAAACUAUUGCCACAGUCAGAAUAGCUGGAUGCUUUAAAAUGACUGAUACAGCAGUGAAGUAUCUCACAAGAGCGGGUCACUUCCUGAGAGAGCUGGAUGUGAGUGGCUGUUCCCUCCUGACGGACCACACCCCUUCCUUUAUGAUGUGCAGCUGUCCACAUCUCCGCUCAGUCAACAUGCUUUACUGCAGGAACAUCUCAAAGCAGGCCGCUUUGAAGUUGCGAUGCCAUGUCCAACAAUGGAAACACAGUGAUGACGACCCCCCGUUGACUGGAACCAUAACUUCAGCUCAAAUGGAAUUUUGAGAAUCCCAACCCACUAGUUACACUGUAAACUGUAAAGUGAUCUUUUUAUAUUUAAACACAUGAAUUUUGGUUAGAACUAAAGAUUUGAAGUGAUACUUUUAAGACUCAAUCUAUAGGCAUAAAAAUAAUGAAAAUAUCUUAACAUGCAUGCAGUCUCAUACAUAAUUGUUUUGUGAUUUACUGUUCUCUACAUAAAACAAUCCUACGUAAUAUAAAUAAUACUCUGUUAAAAGUAAAAUUUAUAUCAUAUUGACUGAGAAAAAACAUGUAACAUUAUAGUGAAAAUAAUGGUGGAAAUCAAACUUUGUGCUUGUUAUCUCAGAAUACCAUUUAGAGACUUUUGUCUGGUUUUCACAGACUGGGUCACAGUGUUUAUUAUUAUUAUUAUUAAAUACUUGUAUUUACCUGUAAACAUACAUAACUGUAUUAAACCAGGGCAAUUCCAACGUUAUGGAUGUCACAUUUUGCAUCAUGGAUUUGACAUAUAAACGCUAAGAGAAUGCAUUUGUUAACAAUAUACUGAACCAUUUGUUUAUUUUACUAAACCCUUGUAGAUAUUGUUUAAACAUCAGAAAAUAUCAGUCUAUGCACACAUUUUCUGUUUUAAAGAACAGAAAUAAAUGUGACAAAAUGGACACUGUUUUUCGGAGACAACUAACUAUGUUGGAUUUCUGUGAAUUAAAAUACACAAACCUGAAGCAAUAAUACCCAACAAAUAGAGAAGGGAUGCAUCUUCAUUGAACAGAAAAUAGCUACUUAAUUUCAUGUGCCCAUUCAUGAGGAAUAUGUGCCAGUAGUAUGUGACAAUUCUAAAAAUGGCACUUACCUGACUAUGACAAAUCAUGCACUAAAAAUAAAACAAAUGCUUUAAAAACUUAAAGACAUCACACGGUAUUUUAAGCACUAAAUGUGAAUAUCUGUGCCAUCACUAUAGUAAAUUGACCAACUAUGACCUUAUAUUUUCAUAUCAACAUUGACAUUUUCAUGGAAUUGAGUGUG